CCUGAGGGCGCUCCUCAAGUGCCAUUACCUCAGUCCUCAGAGCUGGAAGUUGAACCCUCUAGGAUCAUGUGGGAGGACAAGUCAGCUGACAUGGGUCCCUACGACUUGACCAUUCUUCAUUUCAAUGAUGUUUACGACGUGGACCCGAGGCCAGAGGAGCCUGUAGGAGGCGCCGCAAGAUUUGCAACAGCUGUGAAAAAAUUCCGUUUCCUGAAUCCACUUUUGAUUUUUAGUGGUGACUGCUUAAAUCCUUCAGUUUUAAGUACAAUAACAAAAGGAAAACAUAUGAUUUCUAUCUUAAAUGCACUGGGAGUACAUUUUGCAGUUUUUGGGAACCAUGAGUUUGAUUUUGGUGUGGAUACUUUGGAAGAAUACAUGGAUCAAAUGCACUUUACAUGGUUUCUUAGUAAUGUCUAUGACAGAUUUACUUCUGAACCUCUUGGACAUGCUACAGUAAAGAAAGUAGUUAAUUGGAACAAUAUAAAAAUUGGCUUAAUGGGAUUAGUAGAAGAAGAUUGGCUAGAUACUUUGUCUACAGUUAGUAAGACAAAUGUAAACUAUCAAGAUUAUGUGGAAGUUGCUAACCAAAUAGCAGUAGAACUUAAAGAAGAAGGAGCAGAUCUUGUCAUUGCUAUAACUCACAUGAAGUGGGGAAAUGAUACACGGCUUGCCCAGAAAGCACAAGGGAUCAACUUGAUUUUAGGGGGCCAUGACCAUGAAUAUGGAAUCAGGAAGGUGAAUGAAACUUGGAUUGUUAAAAGUGGAUCUGAUUUUAAAAACCUGACAAAAAUAAAUAUAAGAUUCUUUGGUACUUCUUCCCAAUAUGUAUUUGAGAAAAUGGACAUUUUGAAUUAUUUGGAAGAAGAUUCACAGAUUAAAGCAAUAGUAAAUGAUUUUACUCAAAACAUACAGUAUAUGUUAGAAGAAGUUCUCUGACCAAUUGAUAUGGAAUUAGAUGGUCGUGAAAUUACUGUAAGAAGAUUUGAGAGCAAUCUUGGAAAUUUGGUCACUAAUGCAAUGUUGGAAGCUACUCAUGCUGAUGUAGCACUUCUUAAUUCAGGUACUCUCCGAUCUAAUAGAAUACACCCAGUGGGGAAUUUCACUUUAUAUGAUCUUGUGUCAGUCCUUCCUAUGGUUGACCCAGUUCUAGUUGUCAGAAUAACAGGUGCACAGCUUCAUGAAGCACUUGAAAAUGGAGUUUGCAAAUACCCAGCUCUAGAUGGGAGAUUUCCUCAAGUUGCUGGAGUAGAAUUUGGAUUUGAUCCAGAUGCAGAACCAGGACACCGAAUCUUAAGAGAUACUGUGAAAGUCCAAGGACAAUACUUACAGAGAAAAAAGGUUUAUCUGCUUGCUAUUAAGGAGUACAUUGCAAAUGGAAAAGACGGUUAUACUAUGUUUAUAAGUUGCCCUCGAGUAUUUGACGCAGAAACUGCACAAGUUCUUUCUACAAUAGUCAUGAAUCACUUUGAAUCAAUAAAAAUUCUUCAGGGAAGGAAACCAUGCCUUUCAGGUCAUCGAAUGAGUUUGGUUACUACUACAAGCAAAUCCCCUUCACUCAGAGCCUUGGAAGAAGCAUCAGAUAAAUUAUCAUCAGUACUUGCUGUGCCUGGCAUAGAAGGUCGAAUUUACCAUGUUUCUCAGGACACAAAACAACCUUUGCACCAACUUAGAACUGCAAGAAAACAAGGCUUCAGAACUUUUCCUACUACUAGUGAUAAUGCAUGUGAAAAUUCUGAUUCUGACUGAAAUACUGCAUAGGACAUGCCAAGUGUUGGAAAGGAUCAAGAGAAAAAUGAACUCUGUUACAUGGUUGGAGGGAAUGCAGACUGGUGCAGUUCCUGAGGAAAGCAGUAUGAAGAAGAGACCUUAAAUAAAAGUGGAAAUACCUUAUGAUCCAGCAAUAUCA